AUCGGUAAGCAAUACUUCAUUAGUUUCCCGUGGUAUGAGCAACAAUAUGACUCAUAAAGUUUUUACUUACGUUUUCUUAGACUUAGAAACUACCGGUUUACCAUCCGAAGAGUGCAAUAAAACUAAAAUUACCGAGUUAAGUAUGGUUGCUGUGUGUAGAGACCAUUUAUUGGAAACGCGCCCGGGUUGGGCUCCUAGAGUGCAAGACAAACUGACACUCUGCUUCAAUCCUCAAAAAAUGGUGAAUCCGGAGUCUUCGGGCGCCACAGGACUGGAUAAUGAUCUUCUUGAGCAGAAAUCUUCAUUUAAUAAAGACAUUUGCUAUAUUAUAAGGACAUUUCUUAAUGUCCAGCAAAAACCGGUGUGUUUGAUAGCUCAAAACGGAAUGGGAUUUGACUUUCCAAUAUUGAAGCAUCAUUUUGAAAGAAAUGAGGAAAGUUUGCCCGCCGACAUCAUGUGCGCGGAUUGCUAUCACGGAUUUUAUGAUAUACUUGAGAAAAAGGAAGAAGAAUACAACAUAUUUUUCAGUCAGCAAGCAGGUGAUGUUACUCCUGACAAUACUUCAAAAACUCCUCCAAGAGGUGAAAAAUCGAGAAAGGAUUUAAUGAAAGUGUUUUGUGAUUUACCAUCUGGAAAUGCAGGAGAAACAUGUAAUGAAAAAAAAGAUAUCAAAUAUGUAAAUGAAUUUAUCCAAAUAGAACGAAAUGUAGCAGUUCCGGCUAACACAUCUACACCAAAAAUAUCUUCACAAAACAAUCUUAACACUUCUGCCGAUAAUCCUGAUAGAAUUGAAGCUUCAUCGGUGACUGCAUCAACAGAAGUAGGUAGUGAUAGUCUCAAUGAAUUAGAUCUACAAGUCAGCAUGAACAUGAAAUCGUUAAAUGAGACUACACCGAAAAGAAGAACAAAAUAUUUGCCUCAAAAAAGGUCUAUUGGAGAGAUCAGAAACCGGAGAUAUCCUUGGUCAAAUAAUACCAGACCAAAGAAAUCCUAUAAACUUGGCCAUAUUUAUGAAAGAGUCUUGAAUCGCCCAGCUGUGGAGGCCCAUCGUGCUGAAAAUGAUUGUAUAUAUGCUCUGGAAAUUUCUGCAGCCCUUGCUGAAGAAUUUGUCACAUGGGUUGAUGUAAAUUGCUGCCCUUUUACAGAGAUUAAGCCGAUGACAAUUGGUGUCAAGAUUGGUUUUUGAUAAUUAACAACCCUAUGAUAAUUAAUAUCAUUAAGCAGGUUAUUCAUAAUUGUCGAAAGGUAAUUAAAAUUUUUGGAGACAUAGUCUAACAAAAUUAUUGUGAUAAUUAAGAAUAUUUGUAAUAAAGAUGAAUUCACAUAUUUGGCAUAAUAUUAUGUGAAUGUGUACAAUUUUUACAAUUGUAAUGUGUGUGAUAAAUAAUAGCUCAAAAUUUAUUAUGGACUGUGUCUAGGCAGAAAUUCCGACUUUUUAGGAAUAAUUUAUGGUUGGUAUAUGUUUUUCUUAUAAUUUAUUUGUAUUAAUUUUAUUAUUAGAUUACUAGAAAUGUCCAAUUAUUAAUAUUUUUUAAUGCAUUUAUUUUGGAUACAACAUUUUAUAGAAAAGAUUAUAUUAUGAUCAAUGUGACUGAUUAAAAUUAUAAUUUAACCAAAGAUGUUUUAAAGUUUUAGGAUUUUCUCUUCAUCUAUAAACAAUAUUGGUUUGAUGGUUCCUUUAAAUAAUACGUGUUAGAAUGAUUAAAAAAUAUACCAACUCAAAUACAAUAUUUUUAUAUCAGUUUUUAUUGUUAUUUUAGAAAGUCAUUGUUAAAUAAUUUGGGUUUGUUUUAGUAAAUAACAUAUUAUAUACCAUUUUUUUAAAAGUGGAGUAUUAUGUAUUCAUCAUACAUUUACGUAACAAUAUAGUACAAUGAAGUACAUUAAAUGUAAGCACAUUUUAUAAAGAAUAAACAAAUUCAUAUAA